GCGCAGGAAGGGUUAAGCCCCCCUCUCCCCACCCCCGAAAAGGCGCGGGUAGAGUCCGGCAGAAGGUCCUGUUUACGGGAGCUGCCCGGGUCCGCGCGGCCCUGGGAGGCGUUGCCGUGGCGACGGGCCGGGCGCCCGCCAGCUGCGGAUGAGCUCACCGCGCGGGCCGGGCGGGGCGGCGGUGGGGGGCGGCGGCGCCCGCCCAGCAGCCUGCACUCGCUCGCAGCGGCGGCCGGGCGGCGGGACGCGAGCGCGGAGGCCCGGCCCAGCCCAGAGCGGGGGGCUGCGGGCCAUGGCGCCCCCGGCCCCAGCCGCCCGCCGCCCCCGCUCGCCCGGGCGUCCCCGAGCUGCGCCUGGGAGCCCGCGGAGCCGCGGCCCGAGAGGCGACUUGCAGCUCCUCUCAGUGCUGACAUGAUGACAGUGUGCAGGCCGUCCAAGGGCAGCCACAGCCAGACUGAAAACCUAAGCUACAAAUUGGCUGACAAGGUCAAGGUGGAAGGUCCAAAGACAGGCGAAGACCGUGGAAGGAAGCCAUUUAGGUCCUCCUUUCCUUUCCUAGAGACUGAUCGGGAUUCGCCCUUCAGAAGAAGCCCACUGGCAAGCCUCAGCAACCUGGAGCUAGAGUCACGAGUGGACUGUUUCCAGCAGAACAUGUUCAGCUCAGAUAUGAUCAUCAGUGACCCAGCCUCAGACCUUGGUGCUAAAGAAGCCAGUGGGGCCGGCAAGUGGCAGUUUAGUGGUGUUCAGAACCCCUGCCCUCCUGCCCGAGGUGGGGCCCGGCACAAGCCCCUCAGCAUAAAGGACAAGAUAUCAGAAUGGGAAGGGAAAAGGGAGCUGCCCCCUCCCGCACCUGGAAGGAAAGCAGAUGGGCCAGCGGAUUACCUGAUGUCCUGUGAGGUGGAGAGCGGACGCAGUGAUGGUGUGAGAGCUCAGGCCACGGAGGCUCAGGACGGAGGCAGGCCGGGAACAGAGAACCAGGAGAAUGAGAGGAAUAGAGGGGCAGUGACAGGUGGCGGACAGGACGCAGAGCGGAGGCACGACCGCAGUCCACCGGACAGGGGGCUGGCGCCGAGCUUGGGCAGAGCCCGGGAGCCCAGGCCUGGCAAACAGCGCUUCCAGAAUGACAGCCUCUCGGUGCUGAAGCAGGUCAAGAAGCUUGAGCAGGCGCUGAGGGACGGGUCAGCAGGGUUGAAUCCCCAGUUACCAGGGACUUGUUACUCCCCACACUGCCUGCCGGACAAGGCUGAGGAGCGGCCCACCCUUGCUGAGAACCAUGGGGGCGGCAGUGGCUCAGAAUUCAGGUCCCACCACGUGGAGCUGGAGGCCCGGGCGCCUGCCGCUGGGGCUGCAGAGGGAGAGAAGGGCCUAUGCGGGAGGCCCAGGGAGCAGGAGCUGGAGGGUGUGUACCGGGGCUGGGAGGGCUGCCCUCCGAAACCCUUCAUCAACCCCCUGCCCAAGCCCCGGAGAACGUUCACACAUGACGGAGAAGGGGAUGAGGACAGGAGCCCAGGCAUCAGCUUGAGGAAGGAUAAAAGGGACCUACCUCCUCUGCCCUCCCUACCUCCCCCGCCCCUGCCCUCCUCCCCACCGCCUUCCUCAGUGAACAGAAGACUGUGGAGUGGGCGACCGAAACCCAGCGCUGACCACAGAAAGUCCUAUGAGUUUGAAGACCUACUGCAGUCUUCCUCUGAGAACAGCAGGGUGGACUGGUACGCGCAGACAAAGUUGGGGCUCACACGCACUUUAUCGGAGGAAAACGUCUAUGAAGACAUUCUAGACCCACCAGUGAAGGAAAACCCUUAUGAGGACGUUGAGUUACACGGUCGCUGCCUGGGGAAGAAGUGUGUCUUGAGCUUCCCUGGUUCGCCCACCUCUUCCAUCCCUGACACACCCACCAAGCCAUUGUCCAAACCUGUUUUUUUCCGGCAAAAUUCAGAGAGGAGGAACUUCAAACUGCUGGACACUAGGAAGCUGAGUAGGGAUGGAACUGGGUCCCCUUCCAAAAUCAGCCCUCCCUCCACCCCCAGCAGCCCUGAUGACACUUUAUUUAACCUUGGAGACCCACAGAAUGGCAGGAAGAAGAGAAAGAUACCCAAGCUGGUGUUGCGAAUCAAUGCCAUUUAUGAGGCCCGGAGAGGAAAGAAACGGGUGAAGAGGCUGUCCCAGUCAACGGAGAGCAACUCAGGAAAAGUGACAGAUGAGAACAGUGAGUCUGACAGUGACACCGAGGAGAAGCUGAAAGCUCACAGCCAGCGCCUGGUCAACGUGAAGUCACGCCUGAAGCAGGCGCCGAGGUACCCGUCGCUGGACCGGGAGCUCAUCGAGUACCAGGAGAGGCAGCUCUUCGAGUACUUCGUGGUCGUGUCGUUGCACAAGAAGCCGGCCGGCGCGGCGUACGUGCCCGAGCUCACCCAGCAGUUCCCUGUCAAGUUGGAAAGGUCUUUCAAGUUCAUGAGAGAGGCCGAGGACCAGCUGAAGGCUAUCCCCCAAUUCUGUUUUCCCGAUGCCAAGGAUUGGACUCCUGUCCAGCAGUUUACCAGUGAAACAUUCUCAUUUGUCUUAACUGGAGAAGAUGGGAGUAGAAGGUUCGGGUACUGCCGCAGACUGCUGCCUGGUGGCAAAGGGAAGCGCCUGCCUGAAGUGUACUGCAUCGUGAGCCGCCUGGGAUGCUUCAGCCUCUUCUCAAGGAUCUUGGAUGAGGUGGAAAAACGGCGAGGCAUCUCUCCAGCCCUGGUACAGCCCCUCAUGAGGAGUGUCAUGGAAGCCCCUUUCCCAGCCCUGGGUAAAACCAUCAUUGUCAAGAACUUCUUGCCAGGAUCAGGAACUGAGGUGAUUGAACUGUGCCGCCCACUGGAUUCCCGGCUCGAACACGUGGACUUCGAGUCUCUCUUCUCCUCUCUCAGUGUCCGCCACCUGCUGUGUGUUUUUGCCUCCCUGCUUCUGGAAAGGAGAGUCAUCUUCAUUGCAGACAAGCUCAGCUGUAGAAUUCUCAGCCUUGCUGUGGGCGGAGGCGCCAGUGGUGGACCCCAGAGACCCUCGGCCGGAAGUGAGGGCCCGUGGGUGCACCGAGAGCCCACCAGGCAUGGCGAUGGGGGCAGUCCGUCCCAAGGAGCUCGCUUUGCGGUUAAAGAUGUCAGACUGAGGGGGUGGUGGGGAGGGUCCAGCCUGAAAAUCAGUCUGAGCGGAUGGGUGUGGCAGGAGACCCGGCCAGGCAGGGGCAGUGCCCACCCAGGAUUCCUCCGGGGAAAAGAACACACGCUGUCCAAGUGCUGCCAUGCGAUGGUGGCUGUCAUCUACCCCUUCACCUGGCAGCACACCUACAUCCCCGUGCUGCCGCCCGCCAUGAUCGACAUUGUGUGCUCGCCCACCCCCUUCCUCAUCGGGCUGCUCACCAGCUCGCUGCCGCUGCUCAGGGAGCUGCCACUGGAGGAGGUCCUCGUGGUCGACCUCGUCAACAAUCGGUUCCUCAGACAGAUGGAUGAUGAGGAUUCCAUUCUCCCCCGGAAGCUCCAGGUAGCCCUGGAACACAUUCUGGAACAAAGGAACGACCUGGCUAGUGACCAGGAGGAAGGGCCCCCAGACUGCAAGCAUGGCCCUCAGUGCAGCCCCUUGAACGAGCUGGUGUCUGAAGCCUUUGUCCGCUUCUUCGUGGAGAUCGUGGGCCACUACUCCUUGUUCCUGACGGUGGGCGAGCGCGAGGAGAGGACCCUGCAGCGCGAGGCCUUCCGCAAAGCUGUCUCCUCCAAGAGCCUCCGCCGUUUCCUGGAGGUCUUCAUGGAGACCCAGACAUUUCGGGGCUUCAUCCAGGAGCGGGAGCUGCGCCGGCAGGAUGCCAAAGGUCUGUUUGAGGUCCGAGCCCAGGAGUACCUGGAAACACUUCCCAUUGGAGAACACAGCGGCGUGAAUAAGUUCCUGAAGGGCCUAGGCAAUAAAAUGAAGUUUCUCCACAAGAAGUAACCCUCAGCUCAACCUCAAGGGGAAACCUCCUCCUAGUGCAACCAUAUGUUUUUAAAACAGUCCUGGUAGCCUUUCUGAAGCGCCGAGUCCUUAGCUGUCCUGGGUGCCGGCAUGUGGGUGUGGGGGGUUUCCAGCCACCGCCAGGCCCUCCGCAGGCCCCAGAGCCCCAGAGCUGCUGGGAAGGCUCCCCUUCUUGAGAACAGCACUGGGAAGGGGACCUGAGACCAGGCAUGUCGCCGACAUUCAGAUGGAUGGCUCCGGUCGUUGGUUUGGUGAUAUUUUUGUAUUUUUAAUCUUAGAUAUUAAAAAAAAAGAAAAGUG